AUGACUUAUCAAUCAAUCAAAUAUAGAAAUCAAAUUGAAAACAUUCGUAUUCAAUAUGUAAAUGAUAUUCCAUAUUUAUUUCUACAAGAUGUUCGCUCUUAUUUUCCUCCUGUAACAACUCUCAGACUAAAUAAUUCACAAAUUCCAUUUGCUGUCGAUGAUAAUAGUGGUGAUCUAUUGUUACCGUUAAGAGUACGCGCAUAUCCAACUGAUUUACUCACAGGAUAUGAUUUCACCCACACAACAUGUACGAAUAUUGAUGAGAUAGAUGACGAAGAUGAUGAUGAUGAUGAUGAUGAUAAUGUUAGCGAUACUGAUACAAUACGUGAUGAACUUGAAAUAUAUUUAACUCAACUAUACGAUAUAGCUAAAGUAACGAUUGAUAAAUUAACAGGCAUAGAACAAGUUAAGUAUCAAACACUUAUCGGAUGUUUUGUGUUUUGUAAAUGUCAAACUACGGAAAUUGUCUAA